CAGCAGAUGAAGGUGAAAACAGCCGUCUGGUGUCAAACUGCACAAACAUCAUUCACCGCGAGGGUCAAACACAUCUAAGUGAAGUAACGAUAAGCAAAACACAUUUUUGACUGGUGGGAGACUUUAAAUGUCUGUGCAGUGGCAGCAAUAUCAUUGCUGAGGCACAUUAAAAAAACAUUUAGAGCUGCUCUUAUCUAACCAUUUAAAGUUAAGCAACUGCUUUUUUUUAUAAAUUAACAUUUUUUUUCAUGAUAUUCUAGCCAAGGACAUCAAAUGAAACGGGUUUCUCAGUGGAAAAAGUGCUGCUGUGUUAUCCUAAAUCAGACCCAAUGGGAAACAGAUGGUAUAUCUUUAAAUGUAGGAACUAAUCAUGACCUAUCACACUUUUUUUUUUCACCUUUACAGUGGAGCAGAACUUUAUACAUGCAGAUUGAUUCAUGUCCCUUCAGUUUACUCAUCCUCUACCAACUCAACACCACCCAUCUCCUGCAGCAGAGGAUGGGUGUGGCUGGACAGUGUCAAAUUACACUCAAAUUACAGACCUGCUCAACAGGCCCCUCUCCCACUCCCUCUGCACCUCCAUUGGUUGAGAACCAACCGCUCAACUCAACCAGCCUGUUUCCUGCAGGGCAGAAACUUUUUGUACAAGAGGAAAUGACAUCACGGCACCGAGACCUGCCACACAAACACUGAAAACAGAUGAGGAGCAAACGUCUUUCAGAUGUCUCGUGACUUCGAGUAUAGCAUCACAGUUCAGCCUCUGUUGGAAAAACCUAUGAGGUGAAAACAAUCCGGCCGUAAAACAGCUUUUUUUGGAACGGCACUGUGAAGUAUGUCUGCUGGACACAAAGAGACUCCGCGAGACACUACAUGUCAAAGUGGAGCUGCUGUUUUUUUCUCCAACCCUUUGAUGAGUGAUUCUGAAUCGGACUGGUCUCCUAUUCAUGAUGCUGCCUUUAAUGGACGCGUCCUCGCUCUGCAGAGACUCAUUGCUCAGGGUACAUCUGUAAAUCUGAACACCUUAGACCAGGUUUCUCCCCUCCAUGGAGCAUGUUUACAAGGCUCCGUGACUUGCGCCAAGCUUCUGAUGGAAAAUGGGGCAAAUGUUAACGCUUCGACAGUAGAUGGACAAACCCCCCUGUCAGAAGCCUGCGCCCGGGGUCACGUAACCUGCGUAUCGCUGCUCCUUCAACACGGAGCGACUCCCCUGGGGACCAGCCAGACCAGCUCUCCGAUCCACAGGGCUGCAGCCAAAGGUCAUGCGGAGUGCAUCGAGCCUCUUGUUCAGCACGGUGCAGAUGUGGAUCAGUACAUCGACCAAUCAGGGUUCCCUCUCCACGUCGCCUGCUCCAAUCAGCAUCUGAGUACUGUGAGGAAACUGCUUCAACUUGGUGCCAGAGUGAACAGCAGUGUGUCUGGUGACUCGUCGCUGCACAUCGCCGCCCGUCUCUCCAGCCCUGAGAUGGUGUCAGUCCUGCUGGAUCACGGGGCCGACCGCUCCCUCAGGAACUCAGAGGGCAAACAGCCGCUGGACCUCGCACCUCCCAACAGCCUGGCAGAGAGGAUGUUGAGACAAGCAGGAGGAGCGUCUCCUCUGAUGCAGCUGUGCCGGCUGUACAUCAGGAAAACUGUGGGCAAGCAGAGACUGAAUGAAAUUCUCGACCUUCACCUUCCCACAGAGGUGAAACAGUAUCUUCUCUACCGAUCAGACCCGGGGGGAGAUCUAAUGCACUGAAUAACUGUCACAUCCGGAGCAUUUAAACUUCUGGGUCAGUAGGGGGGGUAGUUGCAUAAUGUUGCAGUGAGAAGAAGACGACAUCAUGGCUCAUGGCUGUGGUAGUAAUUAACUCUAAUUCUCUCCUUUGUGACAGACCUCUGUAAACAAACUGAUUCACAAGAUCAGUCUGGACUUUAAUGGGAAAACUUGGAGCGAGUUAAGUUUAUCAUUAAUUAUUUAUAAACACAAGACACACAUAUUGGAAAUGAGAAUACGUGCUGCUCAUAAGGUCUAUUAAAAGUUGCAUAAUUCAUUUUAAACAAGGUUUAACAAACGGAAACAAUGUUCUUUAGAUUACACGAGCCAAGUUUCUGUUGUUCAUGCUGCUGUAAUGAUUUUGUAUUCCUUUUUUAGACCAACAGUAUAUUAAACUUACUCUCAUAUGAAAUGUUGUUCAUGUCGGUACAUCAAUAAACAUAUCAAUAGAGCGAUUGGAUUACCGUGACAUGAUCGAUUACUCAGAUUUAUAAUGCAAUUAUCAUGACUAAAUUAUAAAAAUGAGGCUCCAUUUCUUGAUUAUUUCAAUUAAAAGAUAUCAGAUAUGUUUCAUCGGUCAUGUUAGAAAGUGUUCCCCUAUCUUCAUCAAGUGCUAUUGUCUAGAAUCCACCAUUUGAUUAUAUUAACGGGGAAGUUCAUCGAAAAUAAAGUCCUUUUUUUGUUGGAAAUAUCUGGCCUUCUGCCCCUAAUUCUGGUUACCUCAUGUCUGAGUGUCCCAAGACUCCAGCCCUCGACAGUUAGGUCAUCUGAACAGUCAUAUGUAGCUGGAUGGCUGCUGCGUUUACCAAUCAUUUCAAACAUGGUCAAGCUCUUCAGAGAAAUGAGUCUAACCAGUAACAAUGAGUCAGCAUCCAAUGCACACAAACACUACAUACAUUUAGGAUCAAACCCCCAGAGGUUUUAGCUGCUAUAAAAAAAACGUUUUCUUUCUUUUCCUUCGUGUUUUCAUUUUAAGAAUUUCUGUUCUCUUAAUUUUUAAUGUUGAUUGUAAAGCAAUGAAGCACUAUUUAACACUGAUACAAAAUGAUCCAGUUGCACAUACAGUGUGUAGCGCGUUGCUAUUUAAGACAUGCACUGUAUAACUUGCCUACUGAUGAAAUAUAUACAUGUAUCUGCAUAUGGACUGUGAAUAAAACAUGUUUUUCACUCACUAUAAAAACAAA